AGGAAAAAAUGGUUCAUCCUGUUAAUUGUUGCUUUGCAAGGAUUUCUUGGGCCUUUAAGCAGUUCGAUAUAUGUCCCUGCAAUUGUGCAAGUAAAACAAUCAUUUGGUGCAUCAAAUACAUCCAUAAAUGCUACUAUAUCACUCUAUGUUUUUACAAUGGGUUUAUCUCCAUUGCUUUGGGCCUCACUUUCUGAGCGCCAUGGUCGCCGAGCAAUAUACCUGUUAUCUACAUUACUAUAUAUUAUAGCUACAAUUGGUUGUGCACUAACAUAUUCUGUUAUACCUUUUAUUGUUUUGCGUGCAUUCCAAGCAAUCGGUGCAAGUGCAGCACAAGCCGUGGGUGCGGGAACGAUCACGGAUCUGUUUGAUAUACAUGAGCGAGGUAAUGCAAUGGGGUUGUUUCUAUUAGGUCCACUUAUUGGUCCUGUUGUGGGCCCGAUUGCCGGUGGCUUUAUAAACGAAUUAUAUGAUUGGCGUUAUAUUUUUUGGUUUUUGGCAAUUAUGGGAGGGGUUGUCUUUCUAUUAAUGUUGGUUUGUUUACCAGAAACUUCAGCAAAAAUUCUCAGGAAAAGAGAAAAAUACAAGGAGAAAGGAUAUCUGGAUGAAGAUGACGACCCACAAGAAAGUAUUUUAAAAAGUAUGGCCAGACCAUUUCAAUUUAUUACAAAGCCUGUUGUUAUUCUAGCCACUACACCCUAUUCAAUGGCAUAUGGUUUCAUGUACUUCGUAAUUUCAAGUCUACCCCAUCAACUGGCUUUGCAUUAUGGUUUUUCUAGUUACCAAAUUGGACUUGCGUUUCUAGCAAAUGGGGUAGGUAAUGCCCUGGGUGCUCUUGCUUCUGGAAAGAUGUCAGAUAGAGCGCUCGGCAAAGUUGUAAAUCCAGAAAAUCGGGUUCCUGAAUUACGAUUACGACCAAUGUGGAUCGGUAUAUUACUACUUCCAGCAGGGCAGCUCAUAUAUGGAUGGUGCACUCAAUUAAAUAUUCAUGUUAUGGCCAGUCUCUCAGGCCUAUUUUUAUUGGGACUUGGUGUAGGUGUAGUACAAACGCCAAGUAAUACAUAUAUUGUUGACGCAUAUCAAAAGCAUUCAGCUUCGGUCAUGAGUGCUGCUAAUCUGUUAAGAUGUAUUUCAGCUGGGUGUACACCUUUAAUAGCUCCAACACUGAUCGAAAAGAUAGGUAAUGGCUGGUCUAUGACUUUACUAUCUGUCUUAAGUGUAAUGAGUGGAAUUUGCAUAUUCUUCAUUUCACGGUAUGGCUCCAAGUGGAGACAGAAAGAUUUGGCGGAUUCAUAG